UCUUUUUAUUCCAGGGCUCAGAUUGUUGGAUGGCCACCAGUUAGAUCUUACAGAAAGAACAAUAUUCAGACAAAGAAGAAUGAAUCUGAAGGUCAAGGAAACUAUGUGAAAGUAAGUAUGGAUGGUGCUCCUUAUCUGAGGAAGAUAGAUCUAACGGUGUAUAAGAAGUAUCCAGAGUUGAUGAAAUCACUUGAAAACAUGUUCAAAUUCUCUGUGGGAGAAUAUUUCGAGAGAGAAGGAUACAAAGGCUCAGACUUUGUGCCUACUUAUGAAGACAAAGAUGGUGAUUGGAUGCUUAUUGGUGAUGUUCCUUGGGAGAUGUUUGUCUCGUCUUGUAAGAGGCUAAGGAUCAUGAAAGGAUCAGAAGUUAAAGGUUUAGGUUGUGGUGUUUAACAAACCUAACUGAGAGACAAAGAUCAAACAGAAAGAUUCAAAAACAGAGUCUUUUUUUUGGUUCUGUUUCUUGAAACAGAGGAAAAAAAAGGUCUGAAACUGCUUGGGUUUUCGACAAACAUACUUGUGAAUUUUUACCUUAUCGGUAAAAUAAACUACUCUUUUCUUGUGGUGUUGUUGAUUCUGUAACAGAGAGAUGCUUAAAAUGGUCUUAAGCAUAAGUGUGAGAAAGAUCUAAAUCUAAACCAUUAAAGGGAAAGGUUUUGUUGUGUUAGAAAGAUCUAAUCUGAAACAUUAUGUUUGUGCUUUUUGUAAUGUUCUUAUCGAGCAAAUUUGAUGUUUUGAUGUAAGUACCCAUUUUUCUGUU